GGUAUUGUGAUCGUUGCCAUAAACUCACGAUACAACAAAAGUGUGGUAAAGACCCUAAAGAAUGAUUCAGUGGAGCUUUACGUUUGUGAAGACUUCCUGCGCUACAACAUGCAUUUUAAGAAAGACGGAAGACAUUCAAAACUGAAUGCUAUCUGUAAAGUCAACUGCACUCAUCUGAUGACCAAAGAUCCCCCUCAAGUAGACGAUGGUUUUUCAAUAGGGAGAAUUGUUGGCAUCGUUAUUGGAGUCGUCAUCUUCCUUGCAUUAAUUGUCAUCGUUGGAUUAAUCUUCAGGUUUGGGAUAAAAAGAAUUCUGAAUCAGGUCUGCUGUGGAUUCACGUUUCACAACAAUUCCAGAUCCCAGACCAACGGACUCCAGUCUUCACAGUCUCAGACCCAGAGUGAAGCAGACGCCAUCAUGGACAACCUUAAAAAUGAACAAGUCCCCACAGACGCCUCUCCGUUUCUACCUGAAAGAGCAGAUCCUGAAGAUCCUGAAGAUGUCAAGCCGACUCCUCUCUCUGCUUGUAACAGAGAACCAAGAAGUGCCUGAACUCCUGCCUGCAGCUCCUGCACUGCAGUAACUGUCUUCUGUCUGCUCCUUCAGAACGGUGCUUCCACAGAUGGAUCAGAACUGAGCUCAACACUCCUAACCUCAGGUCUUUAACCAGAUGCCAGUGCAAUAUAGAGUUGAUUUUUAAGACUGUUAACACCAAAAUCACAAGUGUCAUUGUAGCGGGCCUUUAAAUCAUUGCAUCUACUGUUUGAAGUAACUUGUUUGUCGUAUUUGAAGUUCAGAACCAUCGAGGGAUCAAAUCUAUAGAACAUCAAUAGGAUAAAGCUCCUUUAGCUGUCAUCUCACACAGAUUGAAGCAGUUUUCUGAUAAGCUUAAAGAUGUUCUACAUCUGUAUUGCCACUGUCGCUUGUUUCUUGUCUCUCUACUGUACUCUGUUUACUGCACUUUAUUAUUUUUUUAAUAUUUAUUUUAAUUUAAGUUUCAGUCUUUUUGCAAAAAUAUAGGAAUCUCUGUAAAGCACUUUGAAUAGUCACUUUUUCUAUGUAAAGGUUCUUCUGUUUGUUUUUUCCAGCGCUCUAAUAGAGUGCUAUAGUCUGUGCCAUUUUUAACUUUUUUAUUUUAGGAGUAAAAAUGUGAAGGUCAUCAUUUAGAGACCGGUUUACAUCUAGAGGUCUGCAGAGAUAAAACCCUUCAGUCACAGUUUCUCAUCAACUGCACUUUUUUUAACUGAUAAACAUGUAUAUUUUAUACAUUCUAAAAUAAAUGUAUUUUUUAAAGUUUC